AUGAGUUUCGAUGGAUAUAAAGCGACCGUAAAAGAAGGCGAUACAGUUGUCCUAUAUUUAACCAUUUCUCAAGUGUACAGUAUAAAAGCCCAAGAAAAAACCAUAAAUAAAAAAGGAAUCGAAGUAGAAAGCGUUUUUCAAACACCUUAUGGAGCCCUUAAAUGUGCGGAACUUGUAGGCAAAACUUACGGUUCCAAAGUUUCCUUGAGUAAAGGCUGGGGAUACAUCUUACAGCCAACUCCAGAAUUAUGGACGUUAACACUCAGCCAUCGUACACAAAUCAUUUACACACCGGAUAUCAGUAUGAUUAUAUUCCAGCUGGAAUUAUGUCCCGGUAGUAUAGUAGUCGAGAGUGGAACUGGAAGUGGUUCAUUGUCACAUGCAUUCAUCCGGGCAGUGAAACCUCAUGGACAUUUGUAUACUUUCGAUUUUCACGAGGUUAGAAGUGAGAUUGCCAGACAGGAAUUUGAUGAUCAUGGAUUGGGACAAUAUGUUACAGUGUGCCAUAAAGAUGUCUGUGAAAAUGGCUUUGGAGAAAAUUUGAAUGGUAUAGUUGAUGCUGUUUUCUUAGACUUGCCUCACCCUUGGCUAGCUGUGCCACAUGCCGUUAAAGCUUUAAAAGAAUCUGGAGGAAGGAUCUGUUCUUUUUCACCUUGCAUAGAACAAGUUCAAAAAACAUGCUUGGAACUGACUAGAUUGGGCUUCCAAGAAAUUCAGACCAUGGAGGUACUUCAGACCCAAUACAAUGUUCAAACGAAACAUAUCCCUGUGAAGGAUUUGGAUUUUUUGAAAAUGGCAAAAUCCGAAAACAAAUCAGAUGGUGCAGAGAAAAAGGAAAGUGAAGUGGCAAAAUUUUUAACGGCAAUUCCACCAAUGCAACAGCCAGGACAUACGGGAUAUUUGACAUUUGCAAGUUUGUAUCCAAUUUGGUCAAGAAAGCUAGGGAUAAGUAUAGAUGAAAAUGAAACAGAUUAA